AUGACAUCCACAGGACAACCGUGGGCAGCACUAGACUCAUGGCAUAUGCCGAUUGGUACCGGACAGAACAUCAACGUGGUAGCGAAUCAGUUGAACCAAUCGCUCAGCAACAUAGAUGAAUUCCUGACGGAAAAACGACUUGCCAUAGUACCCAGCAAAACCAUGGCCAUGGGAUUUACAAGGAAAACAGUCAGAACUUUUCCACUCCUUCGGGUUCGAAACAUCGGUGUGGAGUACGUGAGAGCGUACAAGUUUCUGGGAAUUUGGUUUGACGACAAACUAUGCUGGAGAAAUCAUAUCGGGUCGCUAGUCAGGUCAUGCUACCAAGGUGUUAACAUCCUGAGAGCGUUGUCCGGGCUUGACUGGGGAAGCGACCCCAGGACUUUGCUAAUGUUUUUCCGUGGCUACGUGCGCUCAAGGCUUGAUUAUGCUUGUGGUCUCUACUCGUUCUGUGCAAAGGCGCUACUCGACCAACUGGACAGAAUACAAAAUCAAUGUCUGAGAAUCUGCAUUGGAGUUUUGAGCUCCACCCCACUGAUUGUAUUGCACGUGGAAACAGGCGUAUUUCCAUUGGAGAUUAGAAGAGCCGAAUUGGCGAGACGUUAUUGCGUAAAGUGUAGAGCAAGCCCACCUUCAGCUGCUCGCCCGCUCGUCGACAGGGCAGCAUCGGAGUUCCAACAAAACCCUUUUUGGCCAGCUAAGGGAAUCCCACUUCUGAUUCAGGCGUGGAGAGAUACGGAAACGUUCAGAACAAUUGUGGAUAAGAGAGCCAUAAAAAAAUAUCUUCGCCCCACCAUUGGAAGACGUUACGCACCGCAUAAAAUCACUGAAAUUUCCAGUCACCUUGAUCUGUCUCCUUCGGUAUUUACAUUCCGGAGAUUGCCAGGGCUAGCGUCGAUAUACACGGCGGAAUUAUACCCGAUACACAGAGCCCUACGAUUGACACAAUUCCAUGAGAAACGGAGAGUGGCGAUAAUCACGGAUUCGAUGAGUGCUAUUGAUGCCAUCACCAGCCAAUCAACGACAGUUAAAGCGAACCACUGGGUUGUGGCAAUACGCACGCAGAUAAGAGAUAUGGAAACGGAUGGGGGAGCUGUGGUGUUGUGUUGGGUGCCCAACCACCAGGGUAUCCUGGGUAACGAAGAGGCUGAUGUUUUGGCAGGAAGAGGUCAUCGACGUGAGAUCAUAUUUUGCUGA